AUGCAAGCAGCCUCCAAUGCCAUUCAAAACGCAAUGGGUCCCGUCCCCACCGUGGUGCACCCUGAGUUCAAGCCUCGUCCCGACGGCGCUACCAUGAAAGCUCUUGCUUGGUUCGGGGCUGGCGACGUCCGUAUAGUGGACGCCCCUAUCCCUGACGUUACCGAGCCCGACGAUGUUAUCCUCAAAGUCACCGGAACCACCAUCUGCGGCUCUGACCUUCAUCUCUACCAUGGUGAAAUCGUCAACCUCCAGAAGGGCGAUAUCCUAGGCCAUGAGUUCAUGGGCAUUGUCGACAAAGUCGGCCCCAACGUCAAGAACCUGUCCGUCGGCCAACGGGUCGUCGCUUCGUUCCAGAUCGCAUGUGGCGAGUGCGAAUACUGUAAACAGAAGCUCUCGUCCUUCUGCGACAGGACAAACCCCUCAUCACUUCAGAAUGCGAUGUACGGUCACCGUGACGCUGGCUUCUUCGGGUACUCGCAUUUCACUGGUGGCUUCGCUGGCGGCCAGGCAGAGUACGUCCGGGUACCCAAGGGCAAUGUGAACUUGCUCCCCAUUCCCGACAUCGUCCCCGACGAGAAGGCGCUAUAUCUCUCUGACGUUCUGUGCACGGCGUACCACAACGUCGAGGACACCGGUGUCAACCCUGGCGACGUUGUCGGAAUCUGGGGUCUUGGUCCCAUCGGCCUCUGCGUCGCUCAGUUCGCCAAAAUGAAGGGUGCCUCUCGCAUCAUCGGCAUCGACCGUGUCCCAGAACGUCUCAAGAGGGCCGAAGAGCUCGGUCUCGAGCCCCUCGACUUCUCAAAACACAGCGACGUCGUCAAGCGCCUCCAGGAGAUCGUACCCGGCGGUCUUGAUGUCGCGAUGGACUGCGGGACGUUCCACCAGCCGAAGUCGAUGCUCCACAAGGUCGAGAAGGCGCUCAUGCUCGAGACGGACGUGUCGGAGAUCGUCAACGAGAUGCUCAUGUCCGUGAGGAAGCAAGGUCGCUGCGGGAUCAUCGCUGCCUACGCGGGGUACACCAACCACUUCAACAUCGGCGCGCUCAUGGAGAAGGGCAUUCGCCUCAUCGGCAACGGCCAGGCGCCCGUGCACAAGUACUGGAACGAGAUCUUGAACGACCUCAUCAUCCCAGGAAAGUUCGACCCCACAUUCAUGAUCACGCACCGCGUCGACAUCGAGGAGUUCCCGAAGCUCUACGCGGCGUUCGACAAGCGCGUCGGGGGCGUCGAGAAGGUGUUCGUGCAGACCAAGUUCUCGAACGCGCCGUCCCCAGGCUGUCCGACGCUCAGCAAAGUUGACGAAUGGGCCCAUUAA